AUGUUGAAGCUCUUGUCUCGCGGGCUCUUGGUUUUCACUUCACUGAUCACGAUCCAGCUGUUGGUCUCUCUUUCGCAGGGCCUCAUAUCUAGUCCGUCCGAUAAGGCUGGUGGUGAGACAAUAGUCGAAGAUCAGUCGGUAGAUCGCGUCAGAAUGAUCCAGGAGUAUUUGUCGAGCGACUCGUCGCUCGAUAGAAUUGAUGUCCUUACUGCGACCGCUCAUGAGCUUCAAGAUUUACUGACAAAUGGCUCCGUAUCGUCAGUCGAUCUGGUCCAUAUCUAUCUCAGGCAGAUCGAGAGUCACAAUCAUAAGGGCUUGAAGCUGAACGCUGUUAUCUCGGUGGCUCCCAUCGACCUUUUGAUUGAGAAUGCAAAGGCACUGGACCGGGAGCGUGCUGCGGGGAAUGUCAGAUCACCACUACAUGGAAUCCCGAUCCUGGUAAAGGACAACAUUGUAACAGAUUCUGCUCUCGGCAUGGACACUACAUCAGGAUCUUUUGCAUUCAGAGGUGUCAAGACCAAGAAGAAUUCUCCUGUGGUCGAUCGGCUGGUGAAAGCUGGGUUGAUCAUCAUUGGGAAAGCCAAUCUGUCGGAGUGGGCGGGCCACAAGGGUUAUUGUCUCACGACCGGUUGGUCCGCAGUUGGGGGACAGACACAGUCUCCAUACGUAGAGGGAGGUGUACGCGCAGGAGAUAAAUUCAUCGGCCAUUCUACCCCAUGCGGUUCAUCCAGUGGCAACGCUGUGGGGCUCGCAGCGGGAUUCUCUCCACUCUCUCUGGGGACUGAAACCGAUGGUUCGGUGCUGCAACCCGCCGGGAGAGCAUCAGUGUAUGCUCUCAAGGCGACAGUUGGAGUAAUACCAACGGACGGGACAUCUCCAUCAGGUCCUUUUUCGGAUUCACUAGGUCCAAUGGCGAAAGACCCAGAAGACCUUGCUAGUCUCAUGGGAAUUUUGAUGGAGACCAACUUUUCGACUUCCCUGACAGACAGCUGGAAAGGUCAACGAGUAGCAUUCGUAAAUCCGGAUGAUUGGGAACUUGGUGCAUUUGUAUGCAAUCGUGAUGAGGAUCUACUCGUAAAGCAGCGAUCAGAAUUACGCGCCCAAAUCGAUAAGAUUGAGAAGGACGGAGCGAAGGUAGUCCGCGAUGUCAACGUGGCAAAAACGUUCGACUUGGAAUUCGAAGGCAAGUGUGGCCUAGAAGCCAUCUGGGACUAUGAGUUUCCAGGUGCUCUAGCGAAGUUCUUCGAUUUCUAUCAAGAUUCUUCCAUCAAAACACUUCAGGAUUUGAUCCAGUUCAAUAAUGAUCACCCAGAUCUUGAGCUCCCGAAAGGUAAGAUUGUGGUAUCAAUCAUUACAGCACUGCACGCUAACUUAUUCCCAAAUCUAGAUCAAGCGAAUCCUCAAGGAUUACUCACAGAUGCACUUGAGCCAGGUUACUCUAAGGACCAGUAUGAAAAGGCAAAGGCAUACAUCCGCGGAGAAGGGAAGGCCACUUUUGACUCCAUAUUCCUCGAGCAAGGAGUGGAUGUUGUUGCUGGUCCACUAGAUGGGAGAAUAGUCUCUACAGCAGCUUGCGCAGGGUAUCCUGCAUGUGUAGUGCCGCUGGGGUACGCUCCGAAUACUUACGGUCGUGCGUACGGGGUCACUGCUGUGGCCGCUGCUGGGGGUGAAGGCAAACUCAUCGAAUUCAUGAGUGCGUGGGCGGCGAGCAAUCCAGGGUUGUGGCAGCCCCCUCCAUUGGUCGUCAAUUGGGACCCUAAGAAGAGCAGUGUUUUGUAG